AUUACGCCCAACAUGCCGGACAAGUCGCCCAAGGUGUUUUGGUGCGAAAAGAUCUACCACCCCAGCAUCAACCUCAAGCGCAAGGUGUGUUUCAACAUCCUGCACGAGGAUCGGAAGCCAGUGCUGAACCUAAACGCCGUCAUUGUAGCCCUGAAGUUCCUAUUCAUCAAGUCGAACGCUAGCGACUCGCUCAACAAGGAGGCCGCUGACAACCUGCGC